AUGUUUUUUUGUUCGUGAAUCAGUCCUGUUCUAAUUUCCAACCCAGCUUCUUCUCCUCUAAAAAAAAUCCCCAAAACCUCUCAAUUUUCCAGCGUCAACCGUGUCUACCAACUUCUCUACGCCGGCGUCCCUGUUGAUUCCUUCGACACUCCCCAAACCAAAAACUCGCUUCUCAACUGGGCUGCCGAAUUCUCGACCCCCGAAGUCAUCCAAGCUCUUCUCACCAACUCAGCCACCAUUGAUUUGGCCAACGCCAAAGGUGAAACUGCUCUUCACACCACAGUCAAAAGAGGGCAUCAAGAGAUCACAAAAAUUCUAUUGGCACAUGGUGCGAACCCGAACAUCUCGACGAAUGCUGGAUUAGAUGCUUUUGGGAUUGCGGAGAAGUUCAAUUCAUCGAUGCUGGCGGUUUUGAGUAUUGAUUUGGUGGCGAAAAAUGUGCAGAAUAAUGAGAGGGCAAACAAUAAUAAUGUGGAUGAUGUGGAUGAUCGAGCAUCAUUGAUUUCGUGUACAGAAACGCUGAAUACACAGAUUUUUGCGGAUACGUAAGAGUUUUUGGGUGAGAAUGUUCCAGAAAAUCUUCGGUUUUUCAGCAAUCGAUAUGAAAAAUAUAUGGAUGGAAGUAUCGAUAGUUGGACAGAUCUUCUUUGGCCUCAACCGAAAUUAGUGUCAAUCACAAAUUCGAGCAAAUCAUUCCAGUUUCCAAAAGAUGGAAAACUCAAGAUUUACUUUGAUGAUUGCUCAAACGCCGAUCCACGACAGAUUAUGCAAAUCAUUGAACUCAGCAAAACUCUUCUACAAUCGGUUGGAGUUGAUAUCGAAUAUCGAGGACAUCGAACAGCUGAUCAUGAAAUAUCGACGGUUGAAGGAAAAGUGACUUGUGGAAUAUUUGAAGAUGGUAGAACUUCUGGAAGUUAUACAUUGAAUAUUGAUUCGACUAGGGGGAUUGAGGUGGUUGGAUCGGAUUAUGUUGGAAUACGAUAUGCUUUUACGACUUUUGUGCAGAUUGUGAGACUUCAUAAGUGAGAAUUUUGGGGGGUUGGGGUUGGAAUUUGCGAGAGAAAGACUAGAACAUUUGGUAUGAUUCGGAAUUUUCUGAAAACUUUCAGAAAAAAUAAUUUUUGACGAUUUUUAGAUGCUGAAAAACAGCCUGAAAACUAAUUUUAAAUCUAGACCGAGAAUGGAAAAGUCUAAAAAGGCCUGAACGUCGAAAAAUGUUGAAAAAACAUUAUUGGUCAAAAUUGGUUUUUCGAGUUUUUCAGCCGAAAAUGAUGACAAAUCGAUAUUUUUGAAGUUUCUGGAGUGUUUUUUGAUGAAAAUAAGCUUCGCGAACCCUAUUUUACCUCUUUUUAUAAACUUUUCGAAUUUCACCGAAAAAUGAGCAAAAUCUUCUGAAAAGUGGAUUCCAGGGUCAAUUUUCAUCAGAAAUCACUCCAGAAGCUGAAAAAUCCUCGAUUUGUCAUCAUUUUUUGCUGAAAAACUCGUGAAUUGAUCUUUCAAUGUAAAAAAAAAAUUUCGUUUGUGAUUUUCAGUUUUUCAGUUCCCAUAUUUCAGUUUUUAGAGGUCAAAAACUGAAAAAUCAACUGUAAAUUUAUCUGUAUUAGCGUAAAAUUUUUUAUUUUGGAAACCACGAUUUUUGUGAUUUUUUUUUGAAAAAAAAAUAAAAAAACAUUUUGAUGAUUUUAAGAUGCUGAAAAUCAGCCCAAAAGUCUGGAAAAAUAAUCUGAACCCAAACCUUUGAACUUUCAAUUAUUUCAAGCCUCUGAAAAUCUGAAACACCUUCAACGCUAACCAGACCUUUUUUUCAGAUACGCCUACAACAAAACCCAAAACCCUUCCCCCGCCCAUCAUUCACAAUACACCAACGGUUCUGGCGACUCGGCCACCUCGAAUUACACCCCACCAAAUCUCGCCAAAACGUUGCCUGACAUCAACACGGAUGGCACAAUUCCCGAGCUCACAGUCAGAGAUUCACCGGACCGCGCAUUCCGCGCAGUUUACCAAGACUUUUCCGGAUGUCGCAUUCUAAAUCCGGAUACUGUUCUUCAACUCGCCACGAGACUCAGCGCCUGCAAAGCCAAUUAUUUAUUUGUGAAUUUUGAAGUGAGAACGACGGAUCGAUAUCAAUUACCGUAUACCAAUCGAGAUCUGUUUCAUAUGAUGCAAGUUUGUCAGGAACUUUUUGUUACGGUCUGUUGGAACACUUAGGCUUUUGAAGUACUGUAGAGUUUAUUUUGCAGUUUGUCCCAUCCAUCGAUACGCAGACAAAUAAUUUGGACAAUGCACAUGCGCGAAUUAUUAUCGAUCAAUUUUUGGACGAUUUUCCGCUUUGUAAAGUGGUUCAUUUUGGACCGAAUUUGGCGAGUUUAUUGAUUGCUGAUAGAAAAUGUGAGGGUUUUCUAAAGUUUCAGAUAUUUUUCAGCCUGAAAACAUUGUUUUUUCAGUCCUGACUGCGAUUCAACGACGAGUUCCACGCAUUUUCCUCUCGACACAUGUGGAUGAACGAAAUGGACCAUUGGUAAGGGAAUUGGAAACUUUCUGACCAAAAAAUCGACAAAUUUUCAAAAGGGCUGAUUCGGGAACCAAAGAAAUGUUUUUUAACAUCGAAAGAUCAAUUCACGAAAAGUCGAAAAACAUUGUGGUAAAAAUUAGUUUUUUUUGAGUUUUUAGCGAAAAAUGAUAACAAAUCGAGAUUUUUUAAGCUUCUGGAGUAAUUUCUGAUGAAAAUUGACCUUGGAAUUCACUUUUCAGAAGUUUUUGCUGAUUUUUCGUAAAAUAAAAAAAUUAGAUUUUGAUGGAUUUCUAAAAAAUUAAGAAAAUUAAGCAAAGUAGGGUUCUCGAAGCUUAUUUUCAUCAGAAAUUACUCCAGAAGCUUGAAAAAUAUUGAUUUGUCAUCAUUUUUGGCUGGAAAACUCGAAAAACUAAUUAAAUUUUGUCUCGGAAAUUGUUCAAAUUUUGAAUUUUGAAGAUUUUCUAAUCAAAAAUUCACAGCAGUAAAAACUAAAACCUAAAAAUUCGAAUCAUAAAAAUCUGCUCAAUUUUGCAGCUCUCCACCCUUCCACCAUUCGUCACCCUGUGCGUCGAAGGAACUUGGCCAUUUGAAAUCGAAAAAUACAUCUCACCCCGUAUCUCAAUCGUCAUCAAAUUCUCAACUGGCGAUGACGGAUAUCUAUGCGCAGCUCCAGAAUCGAUGGCCAAAAAAGCUCUGCUCGCCGCAAAAUUAUCCGAAAGACACACUGUUUUGGGAAGUAUGAGUUGUGAUUUGUCGACUGGAUGUGAAUCGAUGCCACCAUCGCUUUCUUAUAUGUCACUUUUGGCGUCGGUUGGAGUGGCUUUCAAUAGUUCGACUGAUGUCAAGAAAUAUGCGUUUUUGUUGCCGAAUAUUGCGGCGCAUCAUAUGUUGUUGGAUGGGUGAGGAUUUUGUGGUUAAAAUGAACCUAAAUUUGACAUGUUUUGGAAAAAAAGCCGAGAAAUGAAGAAUUUUGAGAAUUCUACAUUUUUUCAGCUAAAAUCUAUCGAACUUUCUAGAAUUUGAGAUGUUUUUGCGCUAAAAAUGAUCCUAAACCUUUUUUGAAAAAAAAACGAAAAAUAUAGCUGAAAUCAAAUUUAAAAAAAAACACUUUUUGAAAAAUUUAGAGGAAAUCUCUGAAAACCCUGAAAUUUCGAGCUAAAUUUUUGUUUUCCAGAUUCCUAAGCUUUCUCGAAAAAAUCUGAAAAUUAAGGAAUUCAUGAAAUUCUCAUGCAAAAAUUGUUCAAGCUUUGAAAAUCUUGAAAUUGAAAAAAAUGAGCCGAAAUCAAGUUUUGAGACAAAACCUUUUGAAAAAUCAGAAAAAAUCUUUGAAACCCUGAAAUUUCGAGGUUAAUUUUUGUUUUGCAGUUUUCUCGAAGAUAUUUUCAAACAAAAAUUGUUCAAGAAAAUCUGGAAAUUGCAAAAAAAAACCGAAAUCAAGUUUUGAAACAAAACUCUUUGAAAAAUCAGAAGAAAUCUCUGAAACCCUGAAAUUUCGAGCUAAAAAUGACUGAAAAAUCUGUUAACUUUUCAAAAAUCCUGAAAACUACGAAAAAAAACAAUCAAAAAUGUUUAUAUUUUUCAAAACGUAUCAACCCUCUUCUAAAUUUUCUCAAAUUCCACCAAAUUACCCAAUUUUUUCCAGCGACAUGUCUUGUCUCUUCGAACAAAUCAUGACAUUGGGAAAAGUCGAACAUCAGCUGACCAAAUAUGCGUACGGAUAUUGGAAACCAUCAAUUUCGCCCAAUGACUCACUAAAUGAAUCAUUCCUAUCCAAUUCAUUCUCCAAAAAAAUGCCGAUUUCCGUGUUUGUCGAGAUGAUUCUGAAUCCGGAAAAAUAUGAAUAUGGAACGAUUGACACCGGUGGUUUUCAAGAAGGCUAGAAUUGAAUUGAGAAGAGCUACAGCGGCUUUGGAAGAGAUUCGACAUCAUAUGAGAUAUGAUUAUGAAUUGUCACUUUUGUUGUCCGAAAUUAAAUUGGUUACCGAUUUGAUGGUAAGCUGAAAAUGUGGAUUUUUUAACGAAAUUUUUAUUUAAAAAUUUUCCAGGUUCUCGUAAGUCGUCUCGGUCAAUCGAUUUGUGCCAACGCCAAUAAUCCGGUAGACCGAAAACGAAGUCUGGAAGAAGGAGUGCCGUCGGCGAUUUUUGGACAUCGAGCAAAUCGAGCCGGUGUUGUAAAUAUGGCACCGGCUUCGAGAACGGAUUUGGCAAAUGUGUGAGUGGUUUUAGGGUUUCUGGAGGAAAACGUGCGUUUUUUUGAGUCCAAAUAUGGUUGGGUAGACCCAUUGUGGCCUAGGAAUUACGGUUUUUAAGCUCGGCCAUGACCGAAAAUUUCGGAAAUAUUUGGAUUUUUUGGUCAUUUUUGAGCCUAACCAGAUUCCCAAAUUUUUGCAGACUCUUGGUAAUCCGCUCCCAAUUCCACCAUGUUUGGCUAUGUCGAUGCAUCCCGAGCACACUUCCAAAUGCUCUCAAAAUGUUUGAUAAUUUAUACAAGUAAGCUUUUUCUUCUCUCACCUCCAAAAAUUAAUUAAUGUUCAUUUUCAGAGCUUUAUUGCCACCAGAUUUACAAGAAAUGGGUAAACAAUAUUUGUGA